AUGUACCUGCCUUUGCUGAGACCCAGCAUCGAUUUACGCUCAGCCACUUCCACAAACCACGAACCACAACCAGCCGAAACCUCUACAUCCUCACCUCAGAUUUCCCAUACUCCAGCUCAACCCCAAAUCGAACAGACCCAGUCGGAUCUCGAGCCUAAUGUCUCAGUGAAUGAGGAGUCCGUUUCUGACCUUCCGGUAGGUCUUCACUCAGUCAGCGCUACGCAGCCGGCCAUUCACGUGACUGAAGCACCCUCAGAACCCCCUGUUCUUCCUGCCACAAAUGGCUACUGGUUGCCGGGCUUCUGGAGCUCGCUUAUCGGUAUGUCCGGCACGGUACCUCGGGGCAAAGCAAAAACGCCAAAGGCCUCGCUCGACCUACUCGUGGGCGAGGGAAAACCGGUUUUAGAGGAAAUGGUCAUUCCAAGCGUCGCUGAGCCUCGCGGUGGAGGCUCUCCUGCUCGUCGGCAAAUGUCGCCUUAUCGACUCAACUCCGUUGGCCGGCAGUCCCCAGACCGUCCCAGUCCAAACUGGUUCUUCGGGCUUCCGGGUCUCUCAGUUUUAAGCUCGCCCCGAAUCAACCUAUUCUCAAUGCGCCCGUCGAUCAUCCGCUCGGACACCUCCGGCACUGGAACGCUCCCUCAGACGCCCUUGAAGCAGCCAACGCCACCGGACACGACCAUGCAGGCAGACAUGCCACAGAUGGGAGCAUUGUCUGACGAAUUGCCAAGACCUCCGGAAGCAGAGAUGGAUGAGGCAGUGGCUGCUCCUCCCGGGGAACCGGAGGCUGUGGUAUCCAAGGCUGAAACACCAGCGGGCCCAGCCUGUUCGCCGACUGUGCUGAUGAUCAGGAAUGACCCGAUCAGCAGACUGAGCCGACGGAUCGCAUCAUCUUCGACGGUCACUGGAUCGCCUAUGCUUGUUUUGGAGCUACAUUAUCUCGCUCUGGGGGGCUUGAUACUAUCCAGUUAUUGUAACUUUGCAGACCGACCACAAUCGGUCGUCUCGCCUUCUUGUCAUUUAUCCUCCACUGGACUUCCAGACACCGGAAUAACUACAGCCGAAUCCGGCGACAUGCAUGUUGGUCAUUACGGACCUGACCUGAUCUCCUCCUUCUACAUGGUCAGCCUGGCAAACAGCGUCGAUCCCAUUUGGUCUGCUACAACCGCGACUGGCGCAGGAGCAGUCAAUGCUAUGAGCGGAGGCGGCGAAUCGGUCGGCACUGCGAGUAUCAGCCGAAUGAAAAUGUCCAGUGGAGUCGGUCUCUUCCGCCGCCUCGAUUGGCCGCUUAGCAUGGUUCAGACAAAGACCAGGCUAGGACAUCCUGGGCCUCUCAUCUUUCUGGCCCCUGGACCGCAGAGACCCGUUACAUUGUGGCUGGCCGUGGAUGCAUUCGUCCAUCACCGCCUAACUGACUUGGCCCGUCGGAAAUUGCAGCCACCGCAACAGGCACCGUUACUAUUCGUUUUCGAGUGCGCCUCUAAAAAUAUGGUUGGCAAGGCGACUACAGCUUGCGACUUGGACACAUCGGUCGGCAACUGCAGUGAACAACUCGACAUGACGAUGUCGAAGGUGACUCUUCUAAGUGCACAAUAA